UUGUGGCUACAGGUGCGUUUCCUCCACCUUGACGCUCAGGUACACGGAUUUGGUCGAAAAGUUCGCCGAAACUGGCAUUUGUAAGCAAUGUGUGUGUAAGAAUUGCUUCAGAGAGGAUAAAAACAGAAAUGUUUAAUGAAAGGUGAAGAAGACUGCGAUAAUCCCGGAGCUGGUCGGCAGGAGCACCGUGUUUACUAUUUUUGAGCCUGUAAGUCAUGUCUGCUGGCAGCCUGAGACACAGCUCAGAACCAGGAAACCAUAAACAUAGACACAGUGAGAGCAACAGCCAGAGGUCAUCGUACGAGGAACGAUGUGUGGACCCAGUGGAAGAAAGGCUCCCAGCCCCAGAGCCAAAGAAGGUCCACAAAGCUUACCUGAAAGAUGCCAAUGGAAAAGAGUCUGAGGCUAUCGGCUUCAUUCCUGGCUCAGCUGACUCUCCUCCUACAGCGCAAACCUGCAAUCCCUGCACUUCCCAGAGGAGCUGUAGGAGCUUUGUGUGCAGCAUCCUCACCUGCGGCCUUUACAGGGUCUGCCAGCGUUCAAUCCUCGCUCCAUGUCUGGCACCAAAAGAGAGCUCCACUGAUGAACCAGAGAAAGUCAGCCUGCAUGCUGUGAACCCGGAAGACAAGAGGGAAGAAGACGCAGCAGACUGGCUUGGGGAUGUCUGCAUUGGCGGGGUUAAAGUUUGCCAUUCAGGCGAGUAUUUACAUGCUGUAGUGAAGCAGCCAUCGUAUGUCUCCCCGGCUGGUAGUCUCACACGGCCCAACCAACCUUCCCUGCAUGAGUCUAUGAAGUUUGAAGACUGGGAGGACAAUGAAGAGGAUGUAGACUCGCUGAUCACGAAGAAGCUGCUGGAGCUUUACUCGGAAUAUCAGAUCGAAGAGUUUGCCAGGUGCACCUCAGACUCAGUGUUUCUGAGGAAGACCAAAGACAUCGACCAGCUCAUCAACUCGCUUGCAGAGGAGCACAAAAUGGACGAGCAGGAGGCUGAGUGUCGACUGGUACGCGGAAUCAUCCGGAUCAGCACUCGGAAAAGCACGAGGAAGCCGGCCGUCUCCAGGAGAGAGAGGACACUGUCGGACAGCGGGAAUGAGACAAUGAAAGAGAGCGGUUCAUUUACAUUCAGCAACAACAAUGACUACAAAUCCAAUCCAAACAUCCAAAUAUCAGAGCUGACAUCCUCUGAUCAAUGUGCGAGAGAAAUAUGGAAAAACAAUGGAGGCCAGGCUUCUAGUUCGUCUAGAGCCUACUCCCCAUCUAAGUCUUCAGGCGCACCACUAAUUCAGACCUCGGUGAUGGUAUGAUUCCUGCUCCACACUGCUGACCUCUGCUUGAAUUAUUGUGUCUACAAGGUCACGUAUGAGGAGAUGAAACAUGAAACUACUUGCACAGGAGUCUCUUGCAUAGCUCGGCUCUCUGCUGAGACAACAGCUCUGCUGUGGGAAACGAAAAUAUGAAAACUCGUAUUGUCUGAAGGACUUCAGUGAACUCAGGGCUCUGUGUGUGGAUAUUUAUGGUUGAUAAAUGUUGUGUAUAUUUGAAGGAUAGCUUGAUUGAAGGUUUGCCCUGCAGGCAGAUAUUUUAACAUGAUUAACCGUCCCCUUGUCCUUGAAGGAGAACUUACCUGUCUUAUUCAUGAAACCUGAUUCGUACAGAUUAUUCUGCUGUUAUGCAAAGGAUGUCUGGAUUUAGAUUUGUAAACUUGUGUAUGGACUCAUAUUUCCGGCACAUUUUGUCAUCUUAUCAUCGUAGCUUAAUUAUGAGACUAUCGCUUUGCUCUUAAUAAACUGAGGUUCUUUAGA